CUCUAAUCUGAGCGGGAUGUUGCGAGUAUCACUGAACGAGGCCUUGAAAAGGACACUUUCGGCAUACUCCGUUUCGCUUAUUCGUGCAGAAAAAAUUCCAGUUGAGUAACUUUGUUUUGGUAACUCUUACGAUCCUCAGCCAAUAUUUGACACGCCUUGGUUGUAAUGUGUGGGUUAGUCAGAAGCGCACGGCUGUCCGGUUGCUCUCGGGCAUGCCGGAAGAGCUGGGAAGUGCAGCAAAUGUCACCACACUGCGUGCAGAGUGCUCUGCUGGUGAGAUGACAGAGUCUGAUUUAUCAUUGAGGGAAAAGAAGCACCACAUCACAGAGUAGAACAAGGCCAGAGUUUCCAUUGCAUUGUGAAACACCUUGAGAGGAGUAAUACAUGGCUAUGCAUGGAACUGAAAGCUUUUGCACACUACAUGGUGGAGCAUCUGGUUGAGAGGAAUACUAGAUGGACAAGCAGGAGACUAAAAAGGGGAGUUGCUGAGGGGACUGCACGAGUGACGAUGGCGCCCGGCAGCCUGGAGUGAUUGUCAUCAUGGGGGCCGUCACUACCGCGGACCCCGAGGCCCCGCAGGGGAAGCAGGCCAAAGCGGUGCUGCUGCCAGGGGUGGACCCGCGCCAGAAACACUACGUGUGCGGCUCGUGUGCCGCCUUCACCAACAUCGUGGUCACCUUCCCCAUCCAGAAGGUGCUGUUCCGGCAGCAGCUGUUCGGCGUGCGCAUGGGCGAGGCCGUGCAGCAGCUGCAGAGGGACGGCCUGCGGAACCUGUACCGGGGGCUGCUGCCCCCCCUCCUGCAGAAGACCACCACGGUGGCGCUCAUGUUCGGCCUGUACGAGGACUUCUCCCGCCUGCUGUCGCGCCACGCGGGCGGGCCCGAGCUGCUGACCCGCAGCGUGGCGGCGGUGCUGGCGGGCACGGCGGAGGCGGCCUUCACGCCCUUCGAGAGGGUGCAGACCCUGCUGCAGGACCAGCGGCACCACGGCCGUUUCCACAACACCUUCCACACGUUCGGGACGCUGCUGCGGGAGCACGGCGUGCGCGAGUGCUACCGCGGGCUGGCGCCCAUCCUGCUGCGCAACGGGCCCAGCAACGCCCUCUUCUUCGGCCUGCGCGGGCCCCUCAAGCAGCGGCUGCCCGAGGCCCAGACGCCCGCCGCCCACCUGGUCAACGACUUCAUCUGCGGCGGCGUGCUGGGCGCCGUGCUGGGCAUCAUGUUCUACCCGCUCAACGUGGUGAAGUCGCGCAUGCAGUCGGAGGUGGGCGGGCCCUUCCCCUCGUCCCGCGCCGUGCUGCUCACCGUCUGGCGGGAGCGCGGUGGCAAGGUGACGCACCUGUUCCGCGGGGCGCACCUGAACUACCACCGCUCCCUCCUGUCCUGGGGCAUCAUCAACGCCACCUACGAGCUCCUGCUCAAGCUCAUGUGAGCGGCGGCCGGGGAAGGGGGGGGCUGUGGGCCGGUGCGUGACAGUGAGGGAGAGCGGCCAUUACUGUACGUGUAUGUGGCACAGCGGCUGGGGAGGGGCCCUCUGAUUGUGCACGCUGGAGAGCGCGUGUCAUC